UGGAUGGGCUGAACUUGCCCGUACAUUUAGAAAGCACUUGCCAGUUAUUCCUGCUGGUAGAUUUUUAGGGCACUUUUUUAAUUUAUAUUUCACUUCUAAACUGUUAGCAUUGAAACCAAGGAAGGGUUUUAGGUCUAGGUUGCGCUGGGAUUAAGGUCUCAAGUUAAUUAGAUGAAACUAUCUAGCUCCCCCCCCCCCAGAUUCCUUUUUGCCCAUAAGUAAUCCCACUGUUAAAAUGAGUUCAGGAAGUGUAGCCACACUUGCAUGUGUUCAAAACACAAGUGAACCCUUUACUCGUAAUUUAAAAUAAGAUUCUACCACUCUUAAAGGAUAACCCCACUGAAACGUGAAAAUUCCCUUUUGGAUGAAGCUCCGGACAUUAAACAACUAUUUGUUUUGUCUGUGAAGUUUCUCCUCAUCCCGCAGGCCUGGUGUUCUAUAUGUGUCCUGUAAUCUUUCUCUUACUCCCGCUGAGAUGAGCCGGUAUUCAAACCUCAUAUGUAGACACCCCAUUCGAGUUGGGAAAUUUCACAAGGACCGGCUUUGACAACACUUCUGCCUGUUUGAAACAUGAGGAGACCUGAUCUACAGGAUUUGGAGUAGCACCAGGCAAGUUGUAAUCUGUACUGUGGAAUUCCGUUUUGGGUGGAGAUAUCCUUUUAAGGUACACAUGCACUUUAUAAAGUGCAAUCACAUUUAAUCAAAAGAUCUUUCCACAAACUAAAUUGUUCCACCCACAUGCCUCGUUUUCUAGGACCAACAUUCCUGAAGUUGGACAAUCAUGUUUCCAAAAUAUCUUUUCAUUUUAAGAUCUACGCAUGCCGCACAUUAAUAAGAUUUCAGUUUGAGAAAUAAGCUUGUGCAUAUGGGCAACUCAUUGUGUGUGUGUGUGUGUGUGUGUGUGUGUGUAUAUGUUUUUGUGUGUGUAUGUAUAUAUAUGUGUAUAUAUAUGUGUGUAUAUAUAUAUAUGUAUGUAUGUAUGUGUGUGUGUGUGUGUGUGUGUGUGUGUGUGUGUGUGUGUGUAUAUAUAAUAUAUGAAACACCAGAACGCCCGCACAUAUUGACAUGUUUUCUUUCGCACUCUACAGACGUGCGUUGGAGACUAUGCAACGUUGGAACACUGUAAUUCUCAAUGUGAUGUGCACAGCCACAAAAAUAAUCAAGAAUUGGCCUGCCCAUUACAGAUAUAAAAUUGAGUAGUUCAUAAUAGUCCUAAAUUACAUUCCCCUUAUAUACUAACUUUCAUUGAAUAUCUCGCAUUCUAAUUGGGUACAUUGCAUAGUUCUUUUUCUUUUUUUUCUUUUUUUUGUUUAGAAAAGAAAACUUGGUUUGAUUUUAGAUUUAGCUUCUAAUGCACAGCAAGGGAGGUGAUUGUCCACACAUUGGCUAAGUAUGUGUCUCUCCUGUGUAAUAAAAAAGGGGGUAGUAUAAUUAUGUUACCAGCAUAAACAUCGCACACAUGUGGUUGCAGAAGUACUUUGCAGCAUUUUAAUGUACACUGCUAAUGUUUCAGGAUAUAAAUGUGUUAAUAUAAAAGGGCAGCUUGCCUUCUGUAGUAAUUUUUAAGGUAAAUGUUUUAUCGGACUCCCAUGCGUUGAGCUUGCUAAUGGGAUGUAUUUGUAAAGCAGCUGACCGCUGCUCGGAGAAAACCAUUGUAUAGAACACACUUUUAAUGUUUUAGUGUAAGUCGUAGCCGCUGCUUGAUGGGUUGCCUGGGAUUUACUUCUGCCGUUGCUUUUUCAGUCUGAAAUGUUAAAACUUGGAAAUUCAACAUGUACACACUGCUUAAAAACCCUCAGGGACACUCUACUCACUACUCAACUCGAUUCAGCACACAAGACUUACAGAGAGAGGCAACAGAUCCCAACAACUCCACAAGUUUAACACUGGAAAAGUUCUUAGUUAAGCUGUGCUCACAUCACCAGAAGCAGUUUAUUCAUGUGUUAAAAAAUGUGUGCGCUGAAGAACCAUUAAUGAAGACGAAAAGUCACAGUUCCUCGGUUUCUGAUCUUGAGGAUGCUGGAGUUGAAGAUAAUGGCCAUGCCUGUUCUGGCAGUAAAUUAAACCAUUCCCUCAUGGAUUUAUACAAAAAAGCCAGUGUAGUCUGUCUAAAUACACCCAGAAAAUCAAAUGCUAUAGAAACUCCAAGAAGUGGUAAAGAAAUGGAAAGCUUGCACAGUGAAGUUGUCCAAAGCUUGGAUGAACUUUUAAAGUCAACAUUUUCAUCAGAUUUCAAAGAGGAUUUCUCCACAAAUUGUCCAUUAUUACAAAACGGUGUUCACUCCAUGGACCAGUCCGAAAAAAAUCAUGUACUUGUUAAACCCACAGAAGAUGAGUCUCAGACUUUCGCAGUGAGUGAAGUGGAUUGUGGUAGUAAAAAAUCUGAAAUUAAUCAGACUAUAUUUUCAGAGUGCGGUGUUCUUUCACACAACAACUCUGCACCAAGCCUACUGAAUGAUACUCAGGAUUCUGAAUUUCCUAUGAACGCUCCUAAAAUCUCAGACAAGGAAAACACACAAUACAUCGGCCCCAAACAGCCACGUUUGGGCAUUGACUGUAAACUUAAACAAGAAAAUUCCUUGCAUACUAUAGUUGUAAAUAAGCUUGGAAACCAUAUAGGCCAUUGUGAUAACGCAUUUGAGAAUUUUCAGAAUCUUGGCGAUAUUUCAGUUACUGCUUUGCAAAAAGUCAGAUCACAUGACAAUACAAAGCACUCGAAAACCGGCCGAUGUAAAAACACACCUUGUGUGAGGAAGAAGGAUUUUGAUAAACAUUGUGAUAUUGUUUACGUUAGUGAGCCAGUUACAGCCGAAUGUAACAUUGAGAGUCAGAAGUCAUUAGUUUGUCCACGGAACACAGCAAGGAAAAGCACACGGGGGUAUCUUUUUGGUGGGGAUUGCUGUGAGUUGUCCACUGUUCGCACUUUGGUUAGAAGCUCCAAUGUCGAGGACAAAGGAAACCCUACAUUACAUAUAGCGGAAGCAUUAAGAAUUCCUAGUGAAAUGAUAUCUGAGAUGCUGCCUUCAGCAGAUGCCAUAUCUUUGGUUCAUCUAGGAGAGACCAGAGUAGAAAAAGCUCUUCAUACUCUACCAGAAAAUUACACCGUUAUUGACCGUAUUCCAGAUACUGAUCAAUGUAAUAAUGGUGGAACCCAUCUUGAUCGAAUUGCGUGUUUGGCGAAACAGUCUGUUGACUCUGCAGCCAAGUCUAUAAUAGCAGUCUUCCCUCUUGACCCUGAAAAAAAUAAUUUCAUGAGAGCCCAAACUGCGAAAGAAAUGUCACAAAUUGGCCAGCCUAUGGAUAUUAUAUCAGAAGUGAACACACCGGCAGUGUUUAUGGAUGGUGACUCUGUAUCUGUGAAGGACAGUGAUUUUAGAGUAGUUGAUGUUUCUAAAGAUCCGCUCAUCAAUGUCACCCUCCCCAAUGUUUCUGUCAGUCAAGAGGACAAUUUAGAGUUCCCAUCACUAGAUGUGGACAUCACUGUUUCUUUGCAAAGUAAGCCUCUGAUUCCAGAUAGUGUUGUGACAGCAGAAUCCCCUCCUAAUGAGAGCACUUCACUGAAGAUGGCUGUUGACACAGCUUCUACUUCAUUCCAUACUGGAACUGAUGAUCAAGAACUGUCAUGUCUAGCGUCCUAUUCUCGCUCCCGUCUUAAAGAUUCAGAGUCCUUUAUUGAAGAUUUUCCUGUAGGUAUGAUUGCAGAUCUUGACGUUACAGCUGUACAGGAAUCAUUAAGGCAGAUGUAUCCUGAAUCCAUCCCAGGAGAUCAGUCCAAAGACAAUUCAGAAGAAGCAAGUCUUAAAACAUUACAAACCUAUCUAAAUUGUUCAAGUCUUGUUGGUAAUUUGCAAGAAAGCUCUGAGCAAAUGAUUACUGAAAACAUAGCUGUAAGUUCAGAAAUGUUGAAACAUUUAGAGGACAAUCAAACUAUAGACAAUAAACUUGAUAAUUGCUUUGUAGAAGUAAAGCCUGGUGAUACAGAAUUGACGAGCAAAGAACCCUUAAAGUCUUCACAGAGUGAACGAAUUUGCUCAACGCCUGCCAAUGGCGUACUCAGAAACUGUACCAAUCACAACAUUUUCGAUACCUGUGCUAAAACCGGUAGAAGCGCUGACGUUAAGCUGGACGGAGAGGCUGUUUCAAAGCAAGGUAAUUGUGAUGUGGGUAAUUCAUUUAUAGAUCAGCAGAAUGACAAGGUAGAGGAGUCAUUGGAAACAAAAAUGACAAAUGGGGGAAAAAUUGCAGAUUUAUCCAAAGUAGACCCAUUGGACAGUUCUUUGAUGGGCAGUAAAAAUCCUAAUGUAAUUAUAACACACUCAAAAAGGAAGGUAAAAAAAACUCCCACUCCAUCCGACAGACGUCUAAGAAGCAGAGAAGCACACAUUGAUGCAUGUUCACAGAAAAAUUCUUCCCUUCAAAUUCAUAUCCUUCCAUGCACUAAUACAACAGGAAGGUCUGUGGAAUUUAAGACCGCAAACCACACAGAACAUGAAGUCUUAACUCUUGUUGAGUUACCCAUUGAUGGAAUACCAGACGAACCUCAUUUUGGUAAUUUUUUAAACCAUCCAUUUGCUGAAGGUAAACCAUUGCUUUCAGAAAGGAUGCUCAAAAUGAAGUGUUCUUCCACUUGUAAAAGAACAGAAAAAAUAAAAAUAUGUUUUGAAAUGGGUUCAAAUAAACGAAAUGUAUAUUUUGAUGCAGACCGUAAAGAUGCUUUAAAUAUGGAAGUUAAAGAAAGUAACGUUGCUACAAGUAGUUUAAAAAAUAAAGGCAAAUUUGAACUUGAGAUCUCAAAUUCCUUCUCUUGUGCAAAAAGUAGCACAAAAGAUGUUGCAUCAAAAACCUUAGCAAAACAUGAAAUGAAACUCUGCAAUUCUAAAAUAUUAGAGGCUGUGUCUAAGAAAAAUGUCAGGCAACCCAUUACAUUUAAUAAGUCUACACAAUGCAACAACCAGCAGUAUUGCAUUUCCUUUAAAAAGCCUGAUUUCACUGCAAAAGGCAAAGAGAGACCAAAAUUUUUGGACUGGUGUUCUGAAGAAGAAAAUCAAGAGCGUAUCUCUAAUUUUAACAACCGAUACAUGUCCCUUCACAAAAGUUGGGUUCCACUUGAAAAAGAAGCUGCAAACGUGUCAAAGCCUAAAAACAAAGCUGACAAAUUAAAAGAGAUUUGGAAAACAAAGAAAAGGGCACGGAAGAGUAAAAAUAAAAGUUUUCCAGAAGUGACCCGAUGUUCUCCGAUGCAAAAGCUGUUUUUGAAUUCUUUAAAUAUAUCAGACAUUUGUAGGUGGUUCUUGGAAACAACAGAGACAAAGUCUUUAGUGAUCGUAAAGAAAAUAAACACUCGUAUACCCGAAGAGCAUCAGCUGCCAAUUAUGCCGAUUCAGAGGCAUUCCAAGGAAAGUUUAUAUCCCCAUACAUUACAGGCAGAACGUUUGAAGAAACAUUUGAAGAAAUUUGCUUCGAUUUUCCCAGUUUGUAACAACAUCAAACCUCAGAAUGCCCUGGCUAAAAUAACAGAGAGCAGCAACGUAGAACUUGAGGUUCCUGUAGGUACCAUAAUAAGAGCCCCCAACUGCAAAAACCUGGAAUCCCAACGUCACACUAAAAAACAAACCAGUGCUCGCAUUUUAAGAAAAUACAACAAUUUCAGAGAGAACUUAAGACUUCAGCCUUCUCCAGUACUUAAAAAAAAGGGAGGAACUGUGGUAAAUAAAUCUAACCAUAAAACAAACCACAAUCAAAAUAUUAAGAAAUCAAAUUCCAAAUCAAGUUUACAAACGGCCACAAACGCUCCUGCCCACAAAUAUGCAAAAACAAGUGAAGAUCUGAAAGCUAAGAAACGUCCCAAAGAAAUCUCAAUGGCGAAACAUGUUGCACACCCAAGUAAGAGGCGAAAAAUUGAAGCAAAGCCUGUGUUUGUAAAAAGUAAACGCAUUAUCCAUAAAAAUUCGCCUGCAAUAAAGAAUGAAGUCGAUAAAGUAAAAAAAAAUGACUUUAUUUCUAAAACCCAAGCGUCAAAGAGGUUGGAGUCAAAAGCUCAACUGUGUAAGGGAGCCAUUUUAAAGAAAAGGAGCCCAAAAACGGCAAUCCAAAAACAUUCCCAUAAAGUGCAACUUGCCAUUCAUAAACGUCAAACAAGGUCCGCCAAGCAGAGACCAAUUCCCUCAAAUCUGUCAAGGCAAAGAAUCACUAGGACAACAUCUCCACAGCCAAGAAAGAAGGAAAUGAACCAAAAAACAUCUGCUGUGUCUAAAAAAAGCAAAAACAAAACUGCCACAUCUCGUAAACAAAGGUCACAAAUAGACUCUGCAACACACAGCAAGAGAUGAUCACUUGAAUUACAAUGACACACUCAAAACUGUUACCUGUGUACUGUUGUACAGUUAUAAUUUGCAUUAAUUGUGGACUUUUAUAAGCUGUAGGUAGCCCUGAAUUUUGCCGUUAGCUGUAAUACUAUAGGCAUUGUAAAGCUUGGGGUGAGGGGGAGUGAAGGUUGGAUUUUUCUUUGGUGCUCCGAAAAUAAGUUAUUUAGUCUAAUUUUUUGAACAGUGAAUGUCCUUUAAGUACAGUGCCUUAUUUAUCAUUUUUAUUUUCUUUUAGUAGAUGAGACUCCGUGUGAUAAGCCUUGCAUUUAAUACUUGACGCACAAGCACUUGUACUAUAACAAAAAUCAGGCACAACCGUGAUCACACUCUUCUACACUUUUUUCUUCUUGUACAUGGCAAACUAUGGUAUAUUUUAUAUUAGCUUAGAACUCAUUUGAGUCUUCAGAUAUCUAAUUUCUGGUAAGUAGCAAAAAGCAAUAUUUAACUUCCAUGCUGUCAAUACAUUUUUAGAACUUUGACUUAUAACUAGUCCCAUCACCAUGGUGGCGGUAGCAAGUUUUUGGGCUGAUCCCAUUGCGUCGAGCUACCACAUUGGGCAUGUCCACCUUUGUAAAGGUCGAUGGGUGCACUUUCAAGGUUCUCCAGUUUUUGAAACUCUUAUAUAUCUAUGAAACCGUUCCGUCAGGUCAUUAAUGCUGGGCAUAUAUGCAACUAGGUCACAAUUCUAUUUAUAACUAAUUUGCACUCACUUGAAUUUCAUUGAAUUUGCACAAUUGAGCUGGUAAAUGAAACUCUGUGUGUUAGCAUUAACCGAAUAUCUUAACCUUUUUAUAGAAAAAUUUUUAAGCACACACUUUUUGUUUCCAGCAUCUAGUCAGGAAAGGUGGAUUUUAAUACACCAUUUUUUAUUUUUUUUAAAGAAUUAUGUAAUUAAUGUAAUAAUGGCUCUUUUUUUAAAUCAAGGUUGAAUUUGGAUGCAAUUGGGAAAAACCAACAUUCUGCUGAAGGAGUAUAAUAGCAAAUGAUCAGUUAUUUUCUACUCUGUGAUUCAUAAACGCCUGAAUUUGGUAGAUGCAAGUAUUCGGCUGGGAGUACAGGCCAUACCUUAAACUAAUGGGAAAUUUACUCUGCAGUCUUUUUGCAGAUUUUGCACUGAUGAGGUUUAAAAGACUUGAUUUUGGUAGUAGAACAUUAAACCCCCUUUUAUUUUUUUGAAUCCUUUAUGGUAAAAGCAGGAUAUCAUUGUAUUUAAGUUUAUUUUUUUUAUGGUUAUCAAAUUGAUUUGUUAAAAUGGGCCCAUACCAUAAGUUAACAUUCCUUAACAGUCACGUCCGGAUAGAAGGUGCUAUGAUAUGUCAGGGUUUUGUUUAUACUGUGUAGCAAUGUCUGCUUUAAAUCUGCUAUUCUAGGGCAUACCUGUGAAAUUCAUUGUAUAUCCGUUUUGUUUUUAAUGUAAAUGGACUUGGGUAACUUUCUAGGUUAAAUAACCAAGAGAAGAGGAGAAAUAUCCAUUCAAGCAUCUUAGCAAAUCAUAGGGUUUGGUCAACUUUUUGAACGUUAAGCAGUUCAUCUAGCAAUUUAAUUUUAAUCAUUUAUUGUACAAUACAGAUGCAGUUUAGGGGGGUGGAUGUGUACUCGUUCUUUUUCAAGUAUUAGAAUGCUGCUCAGUUGCACUCCUCUUUCAUUAGUAUACAAUUCCAGUCUCAAGAGUCAAACUAUCGUGAUAGGUCGGCAUGUUUUGCACCAUUGCGCCGACGCAGGGAUCCAUCAGGCAGAUUGCUUGCGACAGGCUGGUGCAAAUGCAUGCAGACAGUAAUGAGGGCUAAGCAGAUGGGUGAGGGCGUAGCGGUCACAUUACGUACAACCCUGGCCAGAUAUGAUAGACUGAUGCAGGAACCAUAGAAACAUAGACGUUGAUGGCAGAUAAGAACAACUUGGCCCAUCUAGUCUGCCCUAAACGCAUGUACAUGCACUCACAUACACACAUGGGUUAAUUUUUGUCGGGAGCCAACCAGUAUAUUUUUGGAUUGUGGGAGGAAACCCAUGCAAGCAUGGGGAGGAUAUACAAACUCCACACAGGGGUUAUGUGGAAAUCGAACCCAUGACCUCAGUGCUGUGAGGCAGUAAUGUUAACCAUUACACCAUCCGUCCUGCCGGCAAGGUAGAGUAGAUUUAAUGUGGCAAUAAGGCAAAACCAGCCUGGCUUUAAAUUUAAUCUAUCCUGCUCUUUAAGUCUGUCAUGCCGGCUCCCGCAAAUCGCUUUCUAUUAUGUAUGGCCCAUAGCGUUUUCCUGAUUGUCUGUAAUUGACACUUGUAAAUCCACUGUUGACUUUGAUGUGUAAACUAACAUGACUCCUAGCAAUAAGUAUAGGCUUUCCUGUUUCCUAAUGUCUUGCUCGGAGCAGCCCUACAUGCUACAUACAUGUAAACGUCUGAAUCACACCUCUUAUUACCAAAGGAAUCAAUCAGAUUUCAGUACCUAGCACCCAGUUUGUCAGUUUUGAUGUAAAAUUGAUAUUAUAUAUAUAUAUAUAUAUGUGUGUGUGUGUGUGUAUGUAUAUAUAUAUAUAUAUAUAUAUAUAUAUAUAUAUAUAUAUCAUCUAUCUAUCUUAGGAGCAGUAAUUAGUUGCCUGUCACACUAGUCUACCACUAUCCUCUGAAUUGAUCCUAUGCUAUUACGCACACCUCAUGAAGCUAUGAAUUUGAGUGUUUUGAGUCCCUUUUGUUCACUAAAAGACAAGGCCAUACAUUAUUAUCUGUAUCACAAAACAAUCCUUUUAUUUAUUUUGAUGAAUAAGGAUGAAGGUCAGUUUGCUUGCAGUUUAGUGCAAAAUACAAUUAUCUAAUUAUCAAGAUCUGCAAAAUGAACAUAUUAUUAUACUUAAAGGUGCAGACUCUCGGUUUUUGGAUUUGUUUGGUCUUCUUUUAGACAAAUCGCAUCAUUCCACAUUUCCAACACAUAUACCUGCUACCCUCCUGUAGCUGCUGUAAUUGUUACACUUGGGUUUCUGCACCCGAUACAAUAAUUUUUAUUUUAUACUGUGAUUUGUGUCCACUUUUAAUACAGACUUCAAUAUGACACUAGCAUUAAAAUGGAACGAAAAUAUACAUGGUGCAACACAUGGUUUAAAGGCCAUCUCUUUUCCAGCUAGGUAAAGCUCAGGCCGCCUAGCCCUGACACUAUGAAGUAAAUCGGGAACCCUUACUCCCUAACAGAUGAGUUCCUGCGUUCACAAACUGUUGAAUUCUGAAUCCUUAGAUUCUGCGACAGGGAGGUGUCGCCCAUUCAUUACAAUGUGCCAUCAGGGAAGCACUGUAGAGGUUAGGUGUUUUGUAUAGUUCUGCAGGCAUGCCCGUUAGGAAUUAGACUAUUCUGCUUAUUUAUUCACUAGCUAGCGCAUUUAGUAUGGCAAUAACGUGUCCUGUAUUUAUGGCAGUACAUAACUGCUAUUGCACAUUGUCACCGUUUCUAUAUGUCUUUGUAUGUGUUUUGUUCCUAGCAAAUAGAACAUUCUGUGUACAGAGCCAUCUCUUUGAGAAAGGAUCAGGGAUUUUUUGAGCUGUUCAAUAUUUUUGUAUUGCAGUGUCAUUUGAAAAAACAAAAUCAACAAAAAAAAAACUUUUUGGGGAUCUAGCGUUUGCCUUUUUUUUUUUUUUUUUCUUAUAACUGUACAGAUACUGUGAAAAUAAAUAUAUUAUGGUAAGGGUUUAUUGACUUCUGAUUUGGGGUAUUUAAGAUAUACUGUAGUAGAUAAAAUGAUACUUUGUUUGCUUUGUUUCUUGUAUUUAUAUAAAUCAA